AUGGCGCCAUCUACAGACGAUCGGCGGUCGUCUACUUCAAGUAAUUCGAACUCAAAUGCGAAUGUUCUCUAUGAAGAACAGCAACAUUCCGACGAUUCUGCUCAGCCGGAUACCUCCUCCCUAUCAAGCCUGAUCCGUGAAGUGAGGGCUCGUAGAGUCCAUUAUAUUCGACCGCGCACAAUCCGCAUCAAGGUUGGAACAUGGAACGUCGCUGCCAUAUCGGGAACGGAGAAGGAUAUCGAAAGCUGGUUCGUUGAAGGGAAGGAUAUCAUACACCAUAUGACUGACCAGGGAAGAGAAUACCAACAUGCUAAGCAGAAAAGAUCGACAUCCGCUGAAAGGCCCAUUGCCGCCCAAGCGCACGAGAAUUUGGCAGAGAACUUGACGGAUGAGGUUGGGCUAUAUGUGCUAGGACUACAAGAAAUAGUCGAUCUGUCAUCACCAGCUGUAACGUUGAGUCCUUUUAACGACCCGGUUCCCUCAAGUCGUUGGAAAGACGUCGUGCAGGAAGCGCUUCCUUCUGGAUAUCAGCUCGUUGCGGAAUCGCAGCUAGUCGGGCUAUUGCUUUUGGUCUUCGCUGCGCCCAAUGUUGCGCCUACAAUUACGUCCGUGAGCUCCACCACCGUAGGCACAGGUAUAAUGGGCAUGGGAAAUAAAGGAGCUACGAUAACGCGUCUAGUGCUCGGAGAGACUACAAAGCUUGUCUUUGUUAAUUGUCAUCUAGCCGCAGGCUCUGACAAGGGCAGUCUUGACCGGCGAAACUGGGAUGCCGGGCAGAUUGCCAGUCGUACCAAGUUCAGUCCUAUUGGCCCUGAUAAUGAGCUAUAUGGCGAGCCCAGCGACACUAUUGCCAAUGCGGACGUUGCCUUUUGGUUCGGUGAUUUGAACUAUCGUCUAGAUGACAUUCCGGGAGAAGAUGUACGUCGUCUGCUCUCGUUGCAUACCCAGAAUUCAUAUGAUGCAAAGCACAAGCACCGAAAGAAACCGGACACCGAUCUCCCGUCACCCAUCUUAGUAGUGGAUCCGGAAGCUGAAGCCACUGACGAAGAAGUCCAGAAACAGACUGCUGAGCAGACUGCCGAGAAUUUGACGCUGACUGCGGAGACUCUGCAAGGCUUGGAAGCCGGAGCUCAAGCGGCACACGCCACAAUCGUGCCCACAACAAUAAUGGAAACUCUAGAUCCCAUCAACGAUCCAACAUCACUCUUGACGACCCUCAACUCUUUACUGAGCCAUGACCAGCUUCGAACUCAACAAAUGAAGAAGAAAGCAUUUCACGAAGGGUGGAGAGAGGGCGAAAUUCACUUCCUGCCCACUUACAAGUAUGAUGUAGGCAGCGUUGCCAUUUUUGAUACAAGUGAGAAGAAAAGAGGCCCAAGUUGGUGUGAUCGUAUACUGUAUAGAUCCAAGGCGGACCGCGAGAAAUACGAGAAAGAAGUUUUGGAAGCCGAGAAAUCACGGAAGAAAGAUGAAGAGAUGCAAACUCGAGGGAUAGACAAGGCGGCUGACGAUGAAAACGUCUUGUUCGAUUAUAACCCUGACGAGGAUGGAGAAGAAGAGCCAACAGACGUUCAUGAGCGCGCUUCACAGCGCGCUUUGGAAAUUGUCGGAGGACAGCCAGAUCUUUCUGAGGAGAGGGUCAAGUUAAUACACUACACCUCGCAUCAGGGUGUCAUGUCCUCUGAUCACAAACCUUUGGACGCAGCAUUCGUAGUUACAUAUGAUGCAGUGAUUCCAGACUUGAGGCGGCGUGUCUAUCAAGAGGUCGCAAAAGAAUUAGACAGGGCCGAGAAUGAAGCACGGCCUGAAGUAACGGUGGUUGUCGAUCCACACAUGGAAGAGGAUGUGGAAUCGAUCCACGAUGUAGCUCACGAUCAGAACGCGAUUUACUUUGGCGGGGUAGCGUUUGGUGUCCCGAUAAGCAAGAAUGUGACGAUUGCAAAUACAGGGAGCGUACAUGCUACAUUCUAUUUCACGUCAAAGGCCUUGAUAGGCGAAUGUACAUUGGAAACAAAAGAGGCCCGGAGUGAACAGCAAGCUUGGAUGGAUAUCCAUGUGGAAUGGCUGUCGGACGAUAAGAGAACGGAGGAUAAGAAGGAACGGCGCCAAAAGACAUAUACAUUCGCACCGGGAGAUUCGGCAGUUGCUGAAGUGAUUGUACAUGUUAAAGAUCUAGAACUUGUGCGCUGCUUGAACGCAGGCAAAGUCAAGAUUGAAGAUAUUCUGGUGCUUCGCGUGCUAGAAGGCAGGGAUCAUUUCAUUCCAGUAUACGGAAGAUGGCUACCGACCUGCUUUGGUCGAUCACUAGAGGAAUUGACACACAUUCCUGAAGCAGGUGUUCGCAGUCUUGGAUUCCCGACUUCGUUAGAGACUAGAAAGGCUAAGAGCACUGUUCGGUUAUCAGCUCCUCGGGAGUUGUUCCGUCUUACAGAAGCGAUUUCACGUCUGACUGAGCAAGCAGUCGCUGAGUGGAGCAUGAUCAAGGGGGACACUCCAGAUGAGACACCGCCUUGGUUGCAUGAAGUCGGCGGACUUAGUUGGCCGUUUGGUCGUGCUUCUUGGACGCUUAAAGAUCCUGACCAGAGAGCACCUUUACUAUUUGCUGUCCGCGAAGCUCUCGAUAUUGGUGCUUCAUUGGGUACCAUUUUUCCACCUGAGUUAUCUUCAUUGCCGCGGUUAGAAAUCCUUGCUGAAACGCUCGUUUUCUUCUUACAAACUCUCAAUGAUGGGAUCAUCAAAGCCGAAACAUGGAAAACCAUGGAGCAGCAGUUGCUAGCGCGCGAGAGAUCAAAAGACCCAUGGCGUUCUCCUGAAGACAUUCAGUCAUGGGUACUAGACAGCCUUGCGUCGUCCCCAGCCCAUAGCGUAUCCUUCACUUUUUUGACCUUCAUGUUGAAUCAAAUCAUCAACGAAAUCGCCCCAGCAUCAGACCCAUCAGCUUUACCUCCCAUGCUCCAACCACCGCCACCCCCAACACCUACCGACUCGAAAACCUCGCCGGAGAAAAUCACACCUAACAUCUCGUCUCCCAGCCGUCGAAAACGAACCUUGACCCUUAACUCUACAGACUCAUCCAACAGAGACACAAGCCAGGAAUAUUCUGGGCACGGUGCAACCCUGAUCAACCCAGUCGAUGAAAGACGCAAGGAAGUAGAAAUGACAUUAUCGAGUUUAUUUUCAGGAUUGAUGAUAUCGCCUUCUGUCCCGGCACCUUCCAAAGACAAAGAGCGCCGGGCAUGGGAGGAAAGGAAGAGACUUGUCGUCGAGGCAUUUUUGCAGCCUGUUGUUACGCCUAAUGUGGAACAAAGGGUUGAUUAG